GUGGACUAUCCCAUUUGAUAACACGGAUAUGAUGACAGUUAUAGCUAAAGCGGGUUUUCCAGGAAAACGAUAUGUCAUACAACCUUAGUACGCUCACACCUGCGUUAUCACUUGGCAUGUCCAGCAUGGUGGCAGCGGGUUUAGGGGGUGCUGCAAGAGGUGCCUCUCACAUGUGACAUUCGGAUCGGCUCAUCUCGAUAUACCAGCUUACUGCGCAUGUCAAGGUGAUUUGACAGCGCGCCAAGGGAUAACCUCACUCGUGUUGAUCUGUCACGGCGGUGGGAGUCAGGCGAUGGCAGCUCUUACCCCAUCGCUCGCCGUCCUCUCGGUGGUCUUCGUGCUUGGGAGUACCUCUCUGCCGAAUUGUACACUCAGAUGUAGGCAUAAAACCUGCCGCAAAGGGACGGUAUCUCCGGUUCAUGAUAACGUUUGCAGAUCUUUGGCAUUGCCGUCGAGUCUGAAAGGUACCAUAAAACCAUUUGAUCUUGGGCUGACUGAAGAUACGCAGAGGAAUAUGUUGAUAAUAAAGUGGAGGAAAAACAUCCUACCGCAGUCCGGGAAUGCGAUGUUAUAUAUACCUUUGGCUGCGAAUGAUUCUGGACUCUGCUUAAACAUCACAAUCAAUUUGAAAAAAUAUAAGCAUGAGUAUCUGAGACUUCGCUGCACUGAUGCAGACACACUGGACUUGAACAGGAGGCUACUACUCAGUGAUGAGGAUGCUAAACCAAUUGCAGUGAACGAGCCUAUGCCCGAAGCUGAGUCAGCACAUGAACCUGAUAAGAAGUGUGAUUGUUGGUCUGUGGAGGAACAGCACCAGGGGCCGCUCUAUUGUUGGACUCCGGUCUGGGUGCAACUGAACCCAGUAAAGAAUAAAUCUAUGGAAGUUGACGUGGUCUGGAACCCAUGUAACAUAUCCAGAGAAAUCGUUGUCAUAAUCGAACGAAAGGGAUCGCAACCGAACACCGAGGAGGCCAUGAUCCCUACUUACAUGUUGCGCAAUUGUCUUCACAGUCAGAAGUUUACUAUCAAGGAGCCUGGAGAGUACGAAGCUUCGGUUGGUGCUUUGGGAUGCGAUUCCCCUAAAUAUGCCAAGAGCGCAGCUCUUCAGAUGCCAUAUAAACCCAUGACCAUUCCUGAGAGUGUAGUUUUUCAGGCUACCACGACGCCUGACAUGUCGAGCCGUCCUCCAACCAAGCUGAUUGUGGUGUUGGUUGGAGCAUUUGCCUUCAUUGGAAGUAUUUCCUUUGGCCUGGCAUGUUUUCUUAAACCAGGUCGGCACCAGGCGCCAUUGACAGAUCCUGAAACAGAACCACUAACAGGAAAACCUAAAUUUCAAAUUGUGGAAGGUUCCGAGGAAAAGGAAGUGAAGACAACAGCUGAUAUCUUGAGACGCGCAUUACCUGGCUCCAACAGCAAGGUUAUCCCAAUUGGGGAAAUCGCAUACCGCCAACCUUCCAUGAAUGAAAUCCAGAUGCUUGUCCUCCUGCAGGACACCCAUGCCCAGGAAGAGGACAGGAAUCUGGGACUACACAGGAACAGAACAGUCCUGUUGCAGCUGGACUUCACACGGUCGGAGGUGGAAUCCCCGUUGGUGGUUCAAGUGCCGGAGGUUAUGGAUCAUCCGCGUUACAGCGCAAGAAAUAACCAACGGAAUAAGGCAGCUGAGUUGAGCUUGUCCGACUUCUUGCAGCGGAUGGAGAUACAAUGCAGUCCUUCCAGUCCUGAAAUGACUAGGCUCGAGGAGGAGAUGCGACAGCUCUCUAGACACAGGAGAGAUGAAAUAAAAAAGAUCUUGCUCAUUUCUGGGUUUGAUGAUCAGCUCCAUAGAAAUGCAUGUCUGGAACUUGCAAACCUUUUCCGAAUGGUGGGCAAGACUGUCAUAGACCCAUACGACGAUGUCAACAGAAAGAUCAUGAUGGAACAUGGACCUCUGGAAUGGACAAUGAAACAAAUCAAACAGGCUGACCUCGUUCUCAUUGUUGGUUCAGAGGUAUUGUACAAAGUCGUUGACUGUUACGAAAGAGAAGAAGCGAGUGAAAGCGUGGAGAGCGUGGGCAUCUGUGCUCCGUUGUGUCUCAAACAACUGGCAAAGGGGUAUUUCAAUGGAAAGACGGCCCUUGUGACCUUAGGCUAUGGAUCUGGUUAUCUGAACAAAAUCAUUGACAUGCAUCCUCAUCUUCGUAUCGACAUGAGAUACAGCCUGGUGGAAUCCAAGCCUGGUGCUUUUCAGGAGGAGCAGGACGAAUCAUAUGCAUUGCGCUUGUUCUUGUGUAGAAUGUCAUCAAACCGAAAACUCGUUGAUGAUGCUUGCGCUAGUGAACAUUGCGGACUCUUUUUCAGGAAUAUUCAACAGAUGGCAGCCGUCAUGGCUGAGGGCCCGAACUGGCUGGAAAACAGAUACGGUUCUAUGGAAUCGUUUCAAAGUUUGAUGACAAUUUCUCAGCAAGUGUAUUGAUAAUAUUUGAAGAGGUAUUGGAACAACCUGAUUGGAAUAACAAGGAUACAUCCUAACGGAGAAUAUAUUCACUACUACACUGCUGGCAGUGGACAGUGGACUGUUCUUGGAACAAAGUGUCUGGUGUAUCUGAUGGUGCAUAUAUAAAUUCAGUCUGCGGUGUAUCGUUGUAACUGUUUAUGGACACAGUGGACUGUUCUUAGAACAAAGUGUCUGGUGUGUCUGAUGGUGCAUAUAUAAAUUCAGUCUGCGAUGUAUCGUUGUAACUGUUUAUGGACACAGUGGACUGUUCCUGGAACAAAGUGUCUGGUGUAUCUGAUGAUGCAUAUAUAAAUUCAGUCUGCGGUGUAUCGUUGUAACUGUUUAUGGACACAGUGGACUGUUCUUAGAACAAAGUGUCUGGUGUAUCUGAUGAUGCAUAUAUAAAUUCAGUCUGCGGUGUAUCGUUGUAACUGUUUAUGGACACAGUGGACUGUUCCUGGAACAAAGUGUCUGGUGUAUCUGAUGAUGCAUAUAUAAAUUCAGUCUGCGGUGUAUCGUUGUGACUGUUAAUGGACACAGUGGACUGUUCUUGGAACAAAGUGUCUGGUGUAUCUGAUGAUGCAUAUAUAAAUUCAGUCUGCGGUGUAUCGUUGUGACUGUUAAUGGACACAGUGGACUGUUCUUGGAACAAAGUGUCUGGUGUAUCUGAUGAUGCAUAUAUAAAUUCAGUCUGCGGUGUAUCGUUGUAACUGUUUAUGGACACAGUGGACUGUUCCUGGAACAAAGUGUCUGGUGUAUCUGAUGAUGCAUAUAUAAAUUCAGUCUGCGGUGUAUCGUUGUGACUGUUAAUGGACACAGUGGACUGUUCUUGGAACAAAGUGUCUGGUGUAUCUGAUGAUGCAUAUAUAAAUUCAGUCUGCGGUGUAUCGUUGUGACUGUUAAUGGACACAGUGGACUGUUCUUGGAACAAAGUGUCUGGUGUAUCUGAUGAUGCAUAUAUAAAUUCAGUCUGCGGUGUAUCGUUGUGACUGUUAAUGGACACAGUGGACUGUUCCUGGAACAAAGUGUCUGGUGUAUCUGAUGAUGCAUAUAUAAAUUCAGUCUGCGGUGUAUCGUUGUAACUGUUAAUGGACACAGUGGACUGUUCUUAGAACAAAGUUCUGGUGCGUCUCAUGAUGCAUAUAUAAAUUCCAUUCUAUGGUGUAUCGUUGUUACUGUUUUUGUACACAGUGGACUGUUCUUAGAACAAAGUGCAUCAGAUGAUACAUUUAUAAAUUUCAUUCUAUGGUUUAUUCUUGUUGCUGCUGAUGUUGUAUGAAGCACUGCCACCCAUCCAACACCAUCAACCCGACACCAUCCCACCCGACCCCACUCCAUCCAUAAUAUCAGAGUUAAAAUCACAUCUGCAGUAUUUUAUAGUACGUUAUAGUACGUUAUAGUACCUCUGCUACCAGCGUACCCUGGCCCGUAAAGAUCCUUGGUAGAACAGGUCUUCAACAACCCAUGUUUUCCGUAAAAGGCGACUCUGUUUGUCGUAAGAGGCGACUAACGGGAACGGGUGGUCAGACUCGCUGACUUGGUUGAUGCAUGUCAUCGUAUCUCGAUGCUCAUGACGUCAAUCACUGGAUUGUCUGGUCCAGACUUGAGUCUUUACAGACCGCCGUCAUAUAUCUAGAACAUUGGUAAGUGUGGCGUUAAACAACAAUUAAAAGAACCUGCAAACCCCAGCCUGUUUAAGACCCUCACUAUAGUCGCUGAGACAGGCUUCCAACACGAAACAGUACAAUGUCAAUAUCCUACUGUAUGCUGUAUAUUUUUUAUUUGUUCUUUAAGUUCUAUUUUUGUGUUUGUAUAAAGCCAUGUUGCCCGUUUCAUAUUUCUUUUGUAAACAUGCUCAUUCCAUAUAUAUUCGUGAACCCUUUCCCAAUUAGCAGUACACACAUUUCUCUGCGGUCACUGGUUGAUGUACACGUGUUGGAUACACGUGUUGUUUCAUAUGUAGUUGUAUAUGUGUCCAAUAAAAAAAGAAACCUU